AUGGAUCGACUACCUUUUGUCAAAAGUCCUCUGUCAAGCAAAAACACUCGCCAUGGCGAAUCUGUCAAUGAAAAUGCAGACUUGACUACCAGAGACGACACACUUUUUGAGAACCCGCAAUUCGAGCAUUACGAAGCAACUUCGAACCUCCAGCUAUUCUUCGAUCUCUUCUUCGUAGCCAACCUGACCUCAUUCACCAAUUCUCACGAGGUCAACAGUAAAGAAAGUCUCGCCUCGUAUGUCGGUUUCAUCUGCAUCCUAUGGUUUACCUGGUGCCAAGUCACCUUAUACGAUGUCCGUUUCGCUACAGAUAGCUUGUUUGAACGUAUCGCCCACGCAUGUCAUUUUGGAGUUAUGGUCGGGCUAGCAGUCAUUGGGCCUCUUUUCUUACAGGAUCCCAACGGAUGGGACCCUCUACAACAACUUUCGCUUAUACUAAUGGGCAGUCGUAUUGUUCUGCUAUGUCAGUAUAGCACAACUCUCUUCUUCACAUGGCGCUUUAAGCAAACCCGCGUACCAUUGCUUCUGGUGAUAGCUUCUCUAGCUAUUGCGAUCAUCAUUUACCUGGGUGUUUCAUUUGCGUUCUACAAUCAGACUUCUUACGAUGCUUAUAUUGCUUGGUACUUUGUGGCGGUAUCUGAAGUCGUUGUGAAUGUUUCUGUUGCAGCCAUCUGGCCUGCCGUGUCUCUUUUAAAGACACAUCUCGCGGAAAGAAUGACCUGUUUGACUUUGAUUAUUCUCGGCGAAGGUAUCAUUGGUCUCACAAAAACGAUUGUCAAGAUUGACGGAAUGGACAAGAAAUUUACUUCAGGUGAUAUCGGUAUGAUAAUAUCAGCAGUACUCAUCAUUUACAUUGUCUAUCAACUAUACUUCGAUAACCUCUCUAACGGCCAGGCGCUUGGUUCACGUCGUCAACAUAUUUGGGCUAUUCUUCAUUUUCCCUUUCAUCUGGCCCUCUGUCUUAUGAUGGAAGGCACGAACCAGACAUUAUUAUGGUAUCAUAUUACGACUGAUCUAGAUUCAAUAUUUAAUUCCUUGUCCACCGCUAUUGAUAAUGAGUCUCCGACAGGAUUGAGGGCGUCAAUGAGUGAGAUAUUCACCACUGUUUUUUCCCGUUUUGAGACCACCGAAGAAGUAUUCAAUGAGGCUCAGAUGUCUCUCAAUGAAACCCUAAGUCUUCCCGCCGAUGCCAAUUUUACUGAGGUUAUAAGCGUCGGCUUCACGCUGAUAACGGACUCAUAUAAAACUGUGAUCGAAGACUUUGGCUGGGAAACCCCAGAAGAAACGUCAAACGAAGGAGCUGAGGGAUUCUUAGAGUCCUAUGACGCAAUUUUAUCUGUCUUCAAUCUUACGUUUGGCUACUUUGCCGUAUGUACUGGUUUGAUCCUGAUAUUCAUCAGUAUCUUAUCUAUCUUAUCCUUUAACCAUAAGAAUGUCCAUCACUGGCUACAAUAUUUGAGCACUGCUGUCAACCUGCUUAUUGGCCUUGGUAUCGUUCUGCUCAGCACCAUUACCUUGACUUCUAAUGCCGAGACUUUGGGAGAGUCUUCUUGGACCCUGCCGGUACUGAUGCUAAUCUUGCUUGCUUUGCUUGUGCUGCACCAUCUUCCUCGUGGGCGUUAUCGGCCUGUUAUAGCAAACCAGGACUAA